CUACAUCAAAAAAAGAUAAAAAGUAAUGAAAAAUCUUCGGUUCACAAGUCUUCAUCUUUUGGUGGUGGCAAUCGCGGCCCUUCUCACUGGAGCUCGUGUUGCCGAGGCGGUGACUUGCAACACCAUGCAGCUGAGUCCAUGCAUCGGUGCAAUCACAUCGACAGCGCCACCGUCCACCACUUGUUGCAGUAAGCUGAGGGAGCAACAGCCAUGCUUUUGUGGAUAUAUGAAGAAUCCAAGCUUGGGAGGUUACGUGAAAUCUGCUCGAGCAAAAGCUAUUAUUUCCACCUGUGGUGUUCCCCUUCCCAAAUGCUAGAGUUCGUGCUUCGUAAUGGACUUUUCUUAUAUAUAUAGCCUAAUAUAAUAUCAGACGACUAUGAAUAAAAAGGAAAGUUAUCUCAUAUUAUUUUCUUCGUCUUAUAUGCUUCCAUUUUUAUCAUAAUAUAAAUAUGUAAUGGCAUUAGUAUAAAAGAAUUUGAAAUAUAUCUACAGAAGUGAAAGAAGUGGAAGUACUUUUUCA